AUGGUGGUUCUUGCAUUUUUAGGGCCAUGCAUGCGAACUCUUGAUAACCCGGCGCUGUACCAUGCUAUCCGACAAGCUGCCAAAGACAAGUCAGCGGGGGCGGUGGUCGCAUUCUAUGUCGAAGAUCCGACGCAGCGGUUACCUGGCAAGGCGUUUACCUGGUGGACAAGAAAGUCUCUUCCUAAGCUGCGUAAGCAACUCGAAGAACUGCGCGUACCGCUUUUUUGCCUGCGUGCACCGUAUCCCAGAAUAGCCGAGGUCCUUGUAUCCACGGCCCUCCCCUUCUCUGCGGUUCAUGUAAAUCGACGAUGGGGCGGUACAACGCAGGACGAGGAUACACGUUUCGCUGAGAUAUGGGCUCACGCUGGUAUUGAGCAGCGAGUCCACACUGCGCAUACGCUUCAUGAGCCCUGGGAAAUUCAGACGGGACAGGGACAACCAUACCGCGUGUACACGGCCUUUUCCAAGCACUUUGCCAACAUCUCACCCCAGUUGCUGGAAGAGCCUCCCUGUGCGCCCGAAGACGAAGACGGACAGGCGUAUACACGCAUGGAGCAUGCAUUGACGGAGCAGAAGGAUAUCACUGUGCUGGACUGGGCUAGGCCCUCCUCAGAGUUCCAAGAGCCCUGGGCAGCCGCUUUUCCCUGGACACCUGGAUCCGACGAAGCUCACCGUGUUCUCCAAGCCUUCAUGGACCAUGCACUAGCUACUUAUAAGGACGCUCGCGAUAUUCCAUUCGAAGCAGGGACAUCGCGUCUUUCUCCUUAUCUGGCACAUGGCGAAAUCAGUCCGCACCGAGUUCUCUCCGCAGUGAGGCGAGCUCGUAGCGCUGGAUCCACCUCCAAGAGCUUUAUUGAGUCGACUCAUACGUUUGAGCGAGAAUUGGUGUGGCGCGAAUUCAACUAUCAUCUCCUGUACCAUCAACCUGACUUGGCCACGCGAAAUCACAACGUCCAAUGGGACGCAUUUUCAUGGGCUGAGGUGGCAUCGCCCGCCCAGCUCAAGCAAGAAAAAGGUUGCGCACCGGCAAGCUCUGAGGCGAUGUAUGCAAGAGCCAUGUAUGAUUGUUGGCGGUCGGGACACACUGGCAUUCCGCUUGUAGAUGCCGGUAUGCGUCAGUUGUGGAAGAUGGGCUGGAUGCACAAUCGAGUGAGAAUGGUUGUGGCGUCGUUUCUCGUCAAGAACCUGCGAAUUCACUGGAGACUGGGCGAAGAGUGGUUCUGGGACACGCUAGUGGAUGCCGAUCCAGCCAGCAACCCAGGGAAUUGGCAGUGGGUCGCAGGCACAGGAGCGGACGCUGCGCCUUUCUUCCGCAUUUUCAAUCCAGCACGUCAGGCCGAUCGAUUCGAUGAGCGCUGUGCUUAUGUGCGUCAAUGGGUGGAUGAGUUGAAGAGCACCUCUACGAGCGAUAUUGCCGAGAUGUAUGAACACCCAAAGCGAAGUGUAGCGUCAGCCAUGGCAAGCCCAUCCCCCGCGAGUUUGUGGGUGAAGCGCUCGAACGAUGCAGAGCGCAUGGACAUGCCCAAGGCGAGUCUUUUUCGACCAAGCAUGGUGGCCAUGGCUGAACCGACAUAUCGGGCCGCCAUGGUAGACCUAAAGAAAAGCAGGAGCAUCACAUUGGAGUAUUAUCAAAAGAGGAAAAAUUCGUCGGAAUCUCCUCGUGUCAAACAAAUGAAAUUGGCCUGA